AUGUUUGUUGCACGACAGAGGGUAGCCGGCGUGGCUCGUCAGCUGCAAAGGACGGCGCGAACCUACGCCUCUGACGCCCAUGCCCACCACAAAGCCCCAGAAGUCAACGAGUCGUUCAGCACCGGUUCUCUCCUCGCUGUCGGCGGUUUCUUCGGCUCCGUUCUCGUCUACCAAUUCGUUCCUCAGGAGGGCGAGCAGUCCUCAAUCCUCAGCCUCAUCGACAAGUACACUUCCCGUGGAAAAGACUGGGAGGACAUCAAUGCGCUUCACACAAAGGCCAUGGAGCAGGCUGGUUAUGACCGAAACCUCUUUGAAAACGGCGGCAACAAGCACCGAUUUGUCGAUGUUGCCUAUCCCGAGGCAAUGACUUCGUAUGCUCCCCGAAACAAUGUUGCCGGCCAUCUGGCCAACAUGGACUAUGUCGUUGAGCACUACCGUCAAAAGCAUAUCCAGGAGGAGGAGCGGAAAGCGGCCAAACUGGCACAGAAGGAGGAAUAG